CACUUUUCCAGGCUGUGGGAGGAAAUGUGAUCCAAAAUAAGCAGGAGCUGGGAGCCCAUCCAAAACGUGCGUUUGUCUGAGAAUACAUAUUGGCUAUAUGUGUGUGUGUGUGUGUGUGUGUGUGUUUGUAUAUGUGGAUGUGUGUGAGAGAGAGAUGUGUGUGUAUGCAUGUGUGUAACUGUAUGUGUAUGUGUGAGAGAGAGAGAUGUGUGUGUAUCUGUGUGACUGUGUGUGUUUGUGUAUGUGUGUGUGAGAGAGAGAUGUGUGUGUGUGUGGUGACGGGAAACGCGCUGUCUCUUCCCGAAUCGCGGUGGGAACGAGCAGUUCUUAAUAUAAAACAAAGCUUUAUUAGAAACAGUUUAUCUGGAUAUAGGCUACAUUAAUCUGCAUAGAUUUGGUGGGAGGGUUUCUAUCACUUACGGAGAGCGCUCGAACUGGACGCGAGUCACGUGUGCCAAUAAGUGCCCCGCUAAAGACACUUUUAGAUAACCAAAGAGUAAAGGGUUUUCCAGCCCACACGGCAAAGCGGCCAGACGGGCGCCAGCCAGGGGAGAGGGAGUAACGCAACGGAGUUUAAGCACCGUGGACAGCGCCCCGGGGAAGUUUGGAGAGGUUCCACAGCGCGCGACCAGGGAUUAGCGCGAGCUCGGAGUCGUUACCAGGGCGAUCGCUGCCUAUGAUCCUAAUUACCCGGGCGGAUUUGUCUAAUGUGAGCGGCUGAUUUGAUGGACUGGUGCUACAUUAAGAGCGAGACAUCAACCAGGCGCCGCUUUCGGGAGGGCGGGAAAGCGGGGAAUCACUUACCUUCGCGGAGAAGUGCUGAAACAUGCCCCAGGGAGGAUGUGCAGCAGCCGGAAGAUCAUCUGCAGCUUGCUGGUGCUGUCCGUGCUGAAGAUCGGGCUCGGGGUGUCCAGCAUCGCGCUGGGAGCCGUGGGCAUCUGCCGCAUGCGACCCAAGUACAAGCCGCAGCAAGGCGACGCGUCUCCGGUCUGGAGCGGUGUGUCUUUUCUCCUCUGUGGGAUUUGUGGGGUGCUGUGUGCCAAGAGGAGAACAGGACUCAUCAUGACCCUGUUCUCGGCCUGCUGUAUCUGCGGCCUGAUUGGAGGGAUCCUGAACUUCCAGUUUGUGCGCGCGCUGGUGAAGAGGCCACAGACCCACCGGCCGCUGCAGGUGGUUGCCAUGACGCUGGCCUGCCUGGGUGUGGCCUGCAGCACCCUGUCCACCUGGCUGACCUGCCGAUUGGCUGGCAGCGAGCAGCAGCGCAUGUUCAUCGAGCGCGAGCACUCUCUGCACCACUCGCACGAGAUGUCCGAGAAGGAACUCCCAGAGACCUCCAGCAACGGGCUGCCCCCGAUCCCCCACAACGGGAACGCGUCUCCAUUGUGAUGAACAGCCCAGGAAGUGACAUCACGGACAGGAAGUGAGGCCAGGGUGAAGUGCAGCAGUCAGGGGGGUGGCUGCUCCACCAUCACGCCUCACGGUCUCUGUAGCAACCCCAAACCCUCUCCUCCAAUCAGGCGACCACCUAAACGCUUGUGAAGUGCUUUGGAAUGGUAAUACUGAACACAACUGAAGCAUGCAUCUCUCUCUUUCUCUCUCUGCCUGUCUCUCUGUCUCUCUCUCUGCUUGUCUCCCUGUCUCUCUCACUCUCUGCCUGUCUUUCUCUCUCUAUCACUCUCUGUCUCUCUCUCUCUCUUUCUCUAAGCUUCCAUCCAAAUGUAUUGCAAAUGUUAAGCGAAUUUCUGAAAAGUCGGCAAAAGGAAACGCAAAUCAGCACGCGUUAUGCGAAUAUUCAGAAGAGGACGCAACACGGUUACAUAAUCCAGAGAGUGCCAGCCAAACAGUUACGGAGAGUUAGUGAGACAUACUCCUAGAAGAGCGAUCAUAACAGCCCUCUCUCAGUCAUGCAUGGCUGUAUUACGUGCAGCCCAGAGACGGCGAAGAGGGUGUGCAAUGGUCUAUUUAACGGCGGCUGAAACGGCGGUAUCACCACUGCGAAAGCCACCAUGCGCCAGGGAACGCCGGCACACCUAGAAAUUCCAGCAGUUUUUUUGUGUGUGUACAGAUAUUUCACUCACCAGCUUCGGGUGAAGCGUUUUACGAUUCUGUGCUUUCGUGUGACUUCGGUCCUUGUCACGUCAUCGCUUAUUAGAAAAAUCAGUUUCCGUCACCCUUUUUAUCGCAUCUCCUCUUCUCUUUAUCGAUACACCUUGGCCGAGCGUAAAAUGUUAUUUUUUUUAAACUAUAUUUUACCGUUCUUUCUCAUUUAUGGCGUUUUCGCUCGUGUUUAUUCACACGCAAAGUUAAAAUUCGCAUGAAAACAGUCGGAUGAAAACCCCACUUGUGUCUUUCUCUCUCACACACUCUCUCUGUCUCUGUGUCUGUGUCUCUGUCUUUUCUUUCUCUCUGUGUCUGUCUUUUUCUCUAUCAGGUUUUAUAGCACAAAAGGAAUGCUGAUUGUGAUGUUUCUGAAUGCUUAAAAACAUACACAACACUGUAUACAAAAAUGUGGAUAGAGUAUUCAAUCUUGUAUAUACGGGAAAUUAUCAUUUAUGAAUUUAUAGUAUUUUUAUAUACAGGCUUCUUAUGAACAUUAAAUAAAAUAUUUA